AUGUUGUUCCACUCCAAGGUCAAGUCUCUCAUACUCUACGUCGCUAUCGUUCAUCACUGUGCACGAGCAUUUUUGAACUCAGGAGGCACCGGUACCAGUACAUGUCCAACUUCAUUGCCCAGAAGAGACAACUUUUUCGAAAGAUGGUCCAGCAAUCUACAACAGUCGGCAGAACCUGAUGACGGCUAUUCUUGUCAAGACGACAGUUCUGAUUUCCCUGGAGGCACCAGCAGUUCCUUCCAAGGAGCUGGUACCCCUCGGUUGGAAUUGAUCCCGGAAUCGAUCCCCCCAUUGCUCAUGACAGCAUUACGAAACAAUGAUAUUCCCCACGUCGAUACCGGCUUGGCCGCCAUGUGGGAGUUUGCCGGAGGCAACACCCAGUAUGUGUUCCAGAACAAUCGCACCGACUUUAUUCAAUCGGCCCAUGAAACUGCCAACCAGUUCCCUACAUCCUUUUACGGAGCUGCCAUGUACGGACAAAAGUGGGAAAUGGAAACGCCGUUGAACCGAGUGGGGGGAGACCAAGGAUGGAUUGCCACGCAAGUCAUGAAAACCAUUUCCAGUGAUGGAAGAUUGAGGCGGUGGCAAUGGGAACUACGGAAAAAUCGGCGACCGCCCAAUCAGGGUGUUUGGCUGGUCGAAUCCAUUGGAUCGUCCGAUCGAAAGGGCAAAUUUGAAGCGGAGGAGGAUUAA